UGUCUACCAGCCAAGCCUAGUCAUGCCCCGGGGACAGAAGAGCAAGCUCAGAGCCCAGGAGAAGCGCCGCCAGACCCGAGGCAAUCGGGCCUUGGAUGAGACGGAGGUUGAGGAGGCAUACCUACCCCUCUGUGGGGUCCAGCUGCCCAGCUCCCCUGUGGGCAGCUUUUCCAUGGGGUUCCUGAGAAUCCACACCAGCAGUUCUCCUUGUGGCCUGGCCCAUGGCACAGAGGCCAGCAGAGAGGCCAGCAGAAAGGCCCGCAGAGAGGCCAAAACAGAGGCCAGCGGAGAGGCCAGUAGAGAGGCCCGCAGACAGGCCCGCAGAGAGGCCAAAACAGAGGCCAGCGGAGAGGUCAGUAGAGAGGCCCGCAGACAGGCCCGAAGAGAGGCCAAAACAGAGGCUAGCGGAGAGGCCAGUGGAGAGGCCAGUAGAGAAGUCCGCAGAGAGGCCCGCAGACAGGCCCGCAGAGAGGCCAACCCAGAGGCCAGUGGAGAGGUCAGUGGAGAGGCCAAUAGAGAGGCCCGCAGACAGGCCCGCAGAGAGGCCCGCAGAGAGGCCAACCCAGAGGCCAGUGGAGAGGCCAGUAGAGAGGCCCGCAGACAGGCCCGUAGAGAGGCCAGUGGAGAGGCCCGCAGACAGGCCCACAGAGAUGCCAACAUAAAGGCCAGUGGAGAGGCCAGCGGAGAGGCCCACAGACAGGCCCGCAGAGAGGCCAACACAGAGGCCAGUGGAGAGGUCAGUGGAGAGGCCAGUAGAGAGGCCCGCAGACAGGCCCGCAGAGAUGCCAACAUAAAGGCCAGUGGAGAGGCCAGCGGAGAGGCCCGCAGACAGGCCCGCAGAGAGGCCAACACAGAGGCCAGUGGAGAGGUCAGUGGAGAGGCCAGUAGAGAGGCCCGCAGACAGGCCCGCAGACAGGCCCGCAGAGAGGCCAACCCAGAGGCCAGUGGAGAGGCCAGUGGAGAGGUCAGUGGAGAGGCCCGCAGAGAGGCCCGCAGAGAGGCCAACGCAGAGGCCAGCGGAGAGGCCAACACAAAGGCCAGCGGAGAGGUCAACAGAGAGGCCCAGGGGCACCACAGGCUGUGUGCCGGGGCCGCCUGGCACCCGCUGGCCCCCGAUUGCUGCCCCAGAGAGCCCCUGACCAGGAGGGCCGGCCUGCUGGUGCAGUUCCUGCUGCACAAGUAUAAAACCAAGGAGCCCAUCACCAAGGGUGGCAUGCUCAAGGUCAUCGGCCGCAAGUACAAGGAUCAGUUCCCCGAGAUCCUGCGCCGAACCACCGAGCGCAUGGAGUUGGUCUUCGGCCUCGACCUGAAGGAAGUGGAUCCCAUCAACCACUCAUACCUUCUCAUCGGCAAGCUCAACCUGAACAGUGAGAGCAGCCUGACCGGAGGCCUAGGCUUCCCCAGGAACGGGCUCCUCAUGCCACUGCUGGGCGUCAUCUUCAUGAAUGGCAACCGCGCCAGCGAGGAAGAGAUGUGGGAGUUCCUCAAUAUGCUGGGGCUCUAUGAUGGUCGGCGCCACUUCAUCUUCGGGGAGCCCAGGAAGCUCCUCACCCGCGAUCUGGUGCGGGAGAAGUAUCUGGAGUACCGCCAGGUGCCCGGGAGCCAGCCCCCGCGCUUUGAGUUCCUGUGGGGGCCUCGAGCCUACAUGGAAACCAGCAAGAUGAAGGUGCUGGAGUUCAUGGCCAAGGUCAACGACAUGGUGCCAACUGCCUUCCAGUCCCAGUACGAGGAGGCUUUGAGGGAUGAGGAGGAGCAGGCCCAGGCCCGAGCAGCAGCCAGGGCCCGCCGAAGCGCCAAGGCCAAGGCCAACCCCAAGUAGAGAGCCCAGGGGAGGUGGGAAAGGGGGGCUCCCCUUUCUGAGUAGCAGUGGGCGGGUGAAGUGAGGCUGGGCAGAGCCCCAUGCAGAAGUUCUUUUUGGUUUUGGUUUCCACAGUUCACUUCGAGUUUUACCCCUUUUCCUUGUUCAUUCAGUAUGCUCCACUGAAAAAAUGUAUUUCCACUCAGAAUCUAUCUGUUGGUGCAGAUGUGGCUCACACACCCAUUGCUGCUCAUUACACGAGAGUAAGAGUUGGGGUUUGUGUCAAACAAAUGGAAAAUGCUUGCACCUCUUAUUGUGAUCCACUACGAGAAGACCUAGCAUUGGGGUGGA